AUGCCUGGCGUCUUGUUAAAGCAGGGUUAUUCCCAGUGUUGGUUUAUUGCGACAGGUGGUCGGAAAGAAUCAAGUGCGCGGAGAGUUAAUCAUCGGAUACUUUAUCGAGCUCUCCAAUUCCUUUCGAUCUUGUUUGAGAUUCAGAAGGCCGCAAGCGCCGGAUUUGAAAUACUUACAUUGUCAAUCAGAGACCUAUAUAUGGUGUGGCUUUUUGGCACGUUGACAUUAAUCGCCGAAGGUGGUUGUUUCGCCGGAUGUUAUGACAAAUCCAAGAAUAUCUACACCAGCAUAAACCCAGAAACAGAAACGCGUUUCAAUCAUUCCGAUUCCGAGGUUUAUGUUUUGUCGUUCUUAGACCAUGAGGAUAACAACCAACGAUCCGCGCUCUUCCGAGAGGCAAUGGAAGGUUAA